AUGUCCACAGCCACUCCUUUGUCCAAGGUUUCUGUGCCAUUCGAAGAGCUCCAUGAAGAAGUGAAGAGUGAGGAGCUCCAUGAAAAAGUGAAGAGUGAAGUGCUGCAUGAAGAAAUGAAGAGUGAAGAGCUCCAUGAAAAAGAUGCCUGCGCAGUGCAUAGGUGUCAGCUUUCUGUCACCCUGGAUAAAAUCACCACCCAGAAAUCUAGGCAGCCUAGACAGUUUUGCACAGAUUCCACAUCCCAAAAACACUUAAUCAGCAACAUCGUCAUCAGGGACUUUAUAGCUGCUGUUAAUCCAGGAAUGAUUCAUUUUGAUAAAUCAGUGAGCGCAGAUCAGUGUGGAGUGGAGGAGAAGGACUGCUCUGUGCUGGGAGAACUCCUCACUCUCUCACUGCCCCUUACCUAUAACAAGGGGACAUCUUCACCUUCUAUCUAUACAUCAAUCUAUGGAGAGAAGCCUGCUGUCAUUACAUUGACCCAUCCAGGAGAAUGUGGACUGUCACCUCCAGGCAGCGCUUUAUCUCACCUAGAAAAGAAGAAGAUUAAAGAAGAGGAACUUUUAUUCCACAUCCCAAAAAGAAAGCUGACUUUGACAUUCCAAUCUUGUAGAGCAGAAAACUGCACAAUGAAAGGUGGACUGCUUGUAUUAGAGAAGGAAGAGAACAGUACAGAGGAUGUUAAAGUGGAAAUGCAUACGUGGCUAUAUGUCCCAGGACAGACUACACCGUACAACGAAAUGGCUCCCAAACCGGAGCUGAUUGACAUUACCAAAUUCAUCAGUGUCCAGAUAGUUUUAAUCUUAGCAUACAGUUCCAUCAUUCUGCUGGGCGUGGUAGGUAACGCCCUUGUAAUCUAUGUUGUUUUUAAAUUCAAAACCAUGCGCACUGUCACAAACUACUUCAUUGUCAACCUGGCUAUGGCAGACCUAAUGGUGAACACGCUAUGUCUCCCAUUCACAUUGGUCUACACUCUCUUGGAUGAGUGGAAGUUUGGAACUGUAUUGUGCCAUUUGGUGACCUACGCUCAAGGCCUGGCUGUUCAAGUAUCUACGGUCACACUCAUGGUGAUUGCUCUUGACAGACAUCGAUGCAUUGUAUACCAUCUAGAAAGCAAAAUCUCUACAAAAAUUUGCUUUAUGAUUAUUGGCAUCACGUGGGCUUGUAGUGCUGCACUCGCUAGUCCGUUGGCCAUUUUUAAGGAAUAUUCCCUCAUUGUUAUUUCACAAGAUUUUCAGAUUCAAGUGUGCGCAGAAAGGUGGCCAGGAGGACAUCUAAAUUACAGCACUAUUUACAGCAUAUCAAUGUUGUUGAUUCAGUAUAUUUUACCUUUAGCUAUUAUAUCGUAUGCCUAUGUUAGAAUAUGGACUAAACUGAAGAACCAUGUCAGCCCAGGGGGAGGAAAUGAUCAUUAUCACCAAAGAAGACGUAAGACAACCAAAAUGUUGGUCACGGUGGUAGUAGUGUUUGCCGUAUGCUGGCUGCCAUUCCAUGCCUUUCAACUUGCAAGUGACAUUGACAGCAAAGUCUUGGACUUAAAUGAAUACAAACUCAUUUAUACAAUAUUUCAUGUGAUUGCCAUGUGUUCUACGUUUGCCAACCCAAUCCUUUAUGGGUGGAUGAACAACAAUUAUAGAACAGCUUUCCUUACAGCUUUCAAAUGUGAGCAGAGGAUGGAUUCUAUACACCCUGAGGUUUCCGUAGCCUUUCAAGCCAAGAAGAAGCAGUUACAAGUCAAAGAGAUUAAUGGUCCGAUUUUCAAUGAUCAGACUACACAGCCAACCAAUGUAUAGUGCUACAGCGGACUAAUGCAAAAACUUUUAUUAAGAAACCAUGGCAUUUAACCUAAGGACUAAAGCGAAAUCUUCUAAAGGUGUAAAAUUCAAAGUCAGUGACAUUAGUUGUAAGAGAAACUAUUGA